AUGCAGAUCUUUGUCAAGACCCUGGCGGGCAAGACGAUCACCGUCAAGGUCGAUCCAGGGGACACCGUCUACGUUGUGAAGGCGAAGAUUCAGGAUCAGCAGCGCCUUAUGUUUGGCAGGGAGGAGCUGGAGGAUGGAUUAACUCUGGCUGACUACGACAUUGAGGAUGAAUGUACCCUUCACUUUGAUCUGCGGCCACAGAGAAGGAAGAUGCUAAUCUUGAUUAAAACGUUGACAGGCAAGAUCUUUGCUCUUGAGGUCGAUAACUUGGAAACAGUUGACAGUGUCAAGGCUAAGAUCGAGGUUGAGGAGGGCAUUCCUGUGGACCAGCAGAAGCUCAUCUUUGCCGGGAAACAAAUGGAAGAUUUUCGCACCCUGGGGGAGCAUGGCAUCAAGCACCAGGACAUGAUUAACCUGGUGCUCCGCCUCCGUAGAAAAAUAUACCAAAUCUUUGUCAACGGGCUUACCGGCAAAAUCACUACCUAUGAUGUUGAGGACUCGAGUACCGUCGAAAGUGUAAAGGAAAUGAUCCGGAAAAAGGAGGGUGCUCCCGUGGACAAACAAAGGCUGAUCUAUGGCGGGAAACAGCUAGUGGAUGGUCAGACCAUGGAGGACUGUGGCAUCCAGAAGUUUUCCACAAUUCACCUGCUGCUCCAAUUUCCGAUAGUGCAGUGUAUGCGGUGCCAUGCAUGGCUGAUAAGAUAUGUGCUUCCCGCGUUCAUCUUAAGAAGCGAGAUUUCUCGCUGGGCUUUCACCGUACGUAUAUCAGAAUCAUUAGUUGUUGGAUGGAAUUUGUUCGUGUUCAACUCCACUCCGAUUUAG